AUGGAUUCGCACGCAAAGCCUGCGCCUGUCUGCAUACAUGUGUGCCUGCUGAGCGGCCGGUGCGUCGAACUGCGCGCCCUUCCAGAUUGGAGGCUACAGAAGUUGCUGCAGGUGGCGGAAGAGGACUUCCGUAACUGCGGGGCGCUCUCUUCUGAAGAGCGGCUCGAGUGGCUAGUGGCACCUGAGCAGGGUUGCAGGCUUGACAUGGAAAGCACCGUUUACGAGGCAGGGCUCGGCAACGCGAACUUCAUCCAGGCGCUCGCAGUCCCGGCGUGUCAGGCGAUCUUUUGCACUGCCACCGACAAUGCCAAACGGGCCUGGGCCCAUCUUGCUGGUGAAGGCUCCGUGACAACGUGGGGCCUGGGUGAUGGAUCCGACAGCUCUAGAGUGGAGCACCAGCUGCAGAAUGUACGAUCGAUUGUUGCGACCUCCUCGGCAUUCGCGGCAUUGCGGAAGGAUGGGACGGUGGUCACCUGGGGGAAUCCCAAUCUGGGGGGCGACAGCACGGCUGUGCAGCACCAGCUUCGAGAAGUGCAGAGCCUGGCUGCCUCCGACGCUGCUUUUGCCGCUCUGCUCGCCAGCGGGGGCGUCGUCACUUGGGGCGACGCUUGUGACGGAGGCGACUGUGAGAAAGUUCGCGACGAGCUGACCGGGGUGACGAAGAUCGUAGGCACCUGCUGUGCUUUCGCAGCUCUCCUAGAGAACGGAAGGGUCGUGACUUGGGGCGAUCACUUCGCUGACACCGGGUCCAUCAGAGACGAGCUGAAGUGCAUCCAAGACAUCUGUGGCUUGCGGACUCGCGCAGCAUUCGCAGCACUGCUGCAAACUGGUAAGGUGGUGACCUGGCAAGAAUCAGACUUGACGCCUUCACCUCGGGUACAGCAGAUGUUACAGAGCAAUGUGGUCCAGCUGCACGCGUGCGAGGAUGUCUUGCUGGGCCGUCUGAUGAAAUACUAG